CCUCCUCACCAUGGCGCGGCGCCUCCAUCCACUCACACUCACCUGGCUGCUCCUCGGAUUAGGAGACGUGAGGGAGGGAGCAGGUCAGUGCCGGAGGCCAUCGGGGGAGGGGAUGAUCCCGGCCGACAGAGAGUCCUACAACGUGGGGGAAUCGGUAACGGUGCGAUGUGGGAUCGGAUACCGCCCGUCACCAGAGAGGGUCACAUGUCUCAACCCCAAGACACGAAACGGAUGGGACCAGACUGGGCAGUGUAUAGGUCAGUGCAGGCGUCCGGCGAUGGAGGGGAUGAUCCCUGUAGACAAAGACUUUUAUAAUGUGGGUGAGUCCAUUAUAGUGCGCUGUGAAGCUGGAUACCGCUCCCUACAUGAGAGGACUACAUGUACCAGCCGGCAGCCCAAUGAUGUUUGGGACAACCCUCCGAUGUGUAUAGCUCAAUGUAGAAAGCCGCCAAUCGGGGGACUGAUAUCUGCCUACAAGGAGUUCUAUGAGGUGGGCGAAUCUCUACCAGUGCAAUGUAGGACCGGGUAUUGGCCAUCCCAUGAGAGGACUUACUGUGCAAACCCACAUUCAGGAAGUGAAUGGGACCCUUCCUCACGAUGCAUCGGUAACAACGGUCAAGUUAUCGGUGACAACAAUCAUGCUCAAUGUAGAAAGCCGCAAAUCGAGGGACUGAUAUCUGCCUACAAGGAGUUCUAUGAGGUGGGCGAAUCUCUACCAGUGCAAUGUAGGACCGGGUAUUGGCCAUCCCAUGAGAGGACUUACUGUGCAAACCCAUAUUCAGGAAGUGAAUGGGACCCUUCCUCACGAUGCAUCGGUAACAACAGUCAAGUUAUCGGUGACAACAAUCAUGGACAAUGUAAGAAGCCACAGAUCAGUGAUACAGUGUAUCUGAUCCCUGGAGAUGAAUCCUCGUACGCUGUCGGACAGUCUCUCACCGUGCAGUGUGCACCCGGACAUCACCCGGCACAGGAGACCAUCACCUGCGUGAGGUCCGAGCAGUGGGACUAUAUUCCACAGUGUAUCAAUUCCACCCGGGGCCCAGAACAUUUCAGCAUCAGCUUGGAUCUCGGCUCCGCACUUUGCAUCUUUGUCCCAAUAUUCACAAUAAAGCUGCUGGCACUUACAAUUCUUCUGAAAAUACAGUGUACGCUGAUGAAAGGAGAUACAAGGAGAACAUGGACGGUCAUUUUCUUCCGGAAGAGAAGUGAAGAUGAAGUCUAUGAUGACAUUGAGGAGGCCGGACCUUCAUAAUCUCCAGGACAAGGACCACGUGUUCUAUUGUACGGUAUCGUUAGUCACAGACGAGGACGCGGGGGACCACCAAACUAUGAGAGUACCUCAGAUACUGACCUCAAAAGGACCUCUGCUGGUUCAUUCUCUGGAUCCUUAAAUGGG